ACCGUUGAUCCUGGAAACUAGGAUGAUGCAAAGAUCAUGCUAAUCACACCCUAUUUCUCAUAAGCUUUUCCUAGACUUCUAUUAUUGGCAAAGAUUAAGCAGAGCUUCAGAUGGAGCCAGGAUAUGCAUUCUUAUUUAAUCAUGGCAUAUAAACUGUAAAUGAAUUCCCUGUUUGAUCAUAGAACAAUGUUCCAAAUUCAGAAAUACGGGAAUAUAUAAAGGUGAUGUUUCUGCCAAAUGCAUUUGGUUUGAUAUCAAAUAUCACUUUAGCAACCUACUUGAAUGUGAGGAAUGAGACCUGCAGAUCUAAGUCACAGCAUCAAAAUGAGAUUAGGAGUUUUUCUAAAUGUUUUCUUCUAUUAGAAGAAGCAAAAGUUGGAUCUUAGUACAACUGAUUAUCAGAUAACACUACAAAAAUACAACUUUUAGCCAAUGAUGUCCCUCAGCCACAGUCUGAUGGAGCUUUCAGGACAGUUUAGGAAAAACAUUCUAGCGCACUUGACUUAUACAUGCACUCCUACCUAAGCAUUCUCUGUAAUUUGCUAUCAGGGACAGGAUUCAGAGUGUUGAACACUUUGUCCAUCAUUGCAUGGCAGUUCUAAUGUUGUUAUGACCCUAUAAGAAUGACCCUCACUGUUAUGGUGCAUAAGUAUCAGAGCCUGGACAUCUCUCAGAUGAUGCUGGCAUGCAGGGUAAUGUAGUCCAUGGCUGCUUUGUCACAAGAACUGUGGUGCAACCCUGAAAAAUAGGGCACAAUUAGUGACACCUCAUUAGCACAGUGGCUCUGACUGCACCAUGACAGAGAGAAGAAUAAAACAACCUAAAAACAGAAUGAAGCAAGAGCUGAGAGGACUUCCCAUAAACUUGUAAUAUACAUCAGCAAUGAAGUGUUGGAUAAAGAACUGAAUUUGCAGGGCUCUUUUCUGUCUAUAAUGCACGCAAACAUUAUACAUUUUUUAAUGUGUUUCCUAAAAGAUCCUCACUUGUUGAUAUGUUAUGCCUUACAAAUAAACAGAGCACAAAGAGGUAUAAAUGACAAGCAAACAAGCCAUUGGAAUUUAUACUGUCCAACCAUACACUCCCAUUUGGAUCAUUUAAGUUCAUGUCUCAAUGAAAGAAGCUGUGACGCACCUUCUACAAGGAAAGAGUGCAGCUCUUACAUAGCGGCCCAGGCAGUGUUAUUUAUGUGUAUGAACACCGCAGGAAUCUUCAUUAGCUACCUAUCAGACAGAGCACAACGUCAAGCCUUCCUGGAGACCAGAAGAUGUGUAGAAGCCAGACUGAGGCUAGAGACAGAAAACCAGCGACAGGAACGGCUGGUGCUCUCUGUCUUGCCGCGGUUUGUAGUUCUGGAAAUGAUAAACGAUAUGACCAAUGUAGAAGAUGAACAUUUACAACACCAGUUUCAUAAGAUCUACAUUCAUCGCUAUGAGAAUGUCAGCAUUCUUUUUGCAGAUGUUAAAGGAUUCACAAACCUAUCCACAACUCUGUCAGCCCAGGAACUGGUCCGAAUGCUGAACGAACUCUUUGCCAGAUUUGACCGAUUAGCACAUGAACAUCACUGUCUUAGAAUAAAGAUCCUGGGAGACUGUUACUACUGCGUGUCUGGGCUCCCAGAACCUCGCCAGGACCAUGCACACUGCUGUGUUGAAAUGGGGCUCAGUAUGAUAAAAACUAUCAGAUAUGUUAGGUCAAGAACAAAGCAUGACAUUGACAUGAGAAUAGGGAUACAUUCAGGAUCAGUUCUGUGUGGAGUGCUGGGCCUGCGAAAGUGGCAGUUUGAUGUCUGGUCAUGGGAUGUGGAUAUUGCAAACAAACUCGAGUCUGGUGGAAUUCCUGGGAGAAUCCACAUCUCCAAAGCCACUCUGGACUGCCUGAAUGGGGAUUAUAAAGUUGAAGAAGGGCAUGGCAAAGAACGCAAUGAAUUCUUGAGGAAACAUAACAUUGAGACUUAUUUAAUUAAACAACCUGAGGAGAGUCUGUUGACUUUGCCUGAAGAUAUUGUGAAAGAGGCUGUCAGCUCCUCCGACAGGAGAAACAGUGGGGCAACAUUUACCGAAGGAUCAUGGAGCCCUGAACUUCCAUUCGAUAACAUAGUGGGAAAACAGAACACUCUGGCUGCCCUAACAAGAAAUUCAAUAAAUCUGCUUCCAAACCAUCUUGCACAAGCUUUGCAUGUCCAGUCUGGGCCUGAGGAAAUUAACAAGCGAAUAGAGCACACCAUCGACUUACGGAGUGGCGAUAAAUUGAGAAGAGAGCAUAUCAAGCCUUUUUCACUGAUGUUUAAAGACUCCAGCCUGGAGCAUAAGUAUUCUCAAAUGCGAGACGAAGUAUUCAAAUCAAACUUGGUAUGCGCAUUUAUUGUUCUCGUAUUCAUCACUGCUAUCCAAAGCUUACUUCCUUCUUCCAGGGUGAUACCAAUGGUCAUUCAAUUUUCUAUUCUGAUUAUGUUACACUCCGCUCUUGUGCUAAUCACCACAGCAGAGGAUUACAAAUGUUUACCCUUAAUGCUUCGGAAAACUUGCUGCUGGAUUAAUGAGACCUACUUGGCCAGGAAUGUCAUUAUAUUUGCAUCUAUUCUGAUUAAUUUUCUUGGAGCCAUCAUAAAUAUUCUAUGGUGUGAUUUUGACAAACCAGUACCUCUGAAGAACCAGACGUUCAAUUCAUCUGCAUCCUUUUCUGACAUCUGUUCCUAUCCUGAGUAUUUUGUCUUCACUGGUGUGCUGGCAAUGGUGACCUGUGCAGUCUUUCUUCGUCUCAACUCUGUCCUGAAGCUGGCAGUACUUCUCAUCAUGAUUGCAAUCUAUGCUCUACUGGCUGAGACCAUUUAUGCUUCACUUUUCCUGCAAUAUGACAACUUAAACCACAAUGGAGAAACAGACUUCCUGGGUACAAAGGAGGCAUCUUUACUACUGAUGGCAAUGUUCCUUUUAGCUGUAUUUUAUCACGGUCAACAGCUUGAAUACACAGCAAGGCUGGAUUUUCUGUGGCGCGUUCAAGCAAAAGAAGAAAUCAAUGAAAUGAAGGAGUUAAGGGAGCACAAUGAAAAUAUGCUACGGAAUAUUUUACCUAGUCAUGUUGCACGUCACUUCUUGGAGAAGGAUCGGGAUAAUGAAGAAUUGUAUUCACAGUCUUAUGAUGCUGUUGGUGUGAUGUUUGCUUCUAUUCCUGGAUUUGCUGACUUCUAUUCCCAGACAGAGAUGAAUAACCAAGGAGUAGAAUGUCUACGCUUGCUGAAUGAAAUCAUUGCAGACUUUGAUGAGCUACUAGGUGAAGAGAGAUUCCAGGAUAUUGAAAAAAUUAAAACAAUCGGUAGCACAUACAUGGCUGUGUCAGGAUUAUCACCUGAAAAACAGCAAUGUGAAGACAAAUGGGGGCAUUUGUGUGCUCUAGCUGACUUCUCCAUAGCAUUGAAUGAAAGCAUACAGGAGAUCAACAAGCAUUCAUUUAACAACUUUGAGCUCCGUAUUGGGAUUAGUCAUGGUUCUGUUGUAGCAGGAGUUAUCGGUGCCAAGAAACCACAGUAUGAUAUCUGGGGCAAAACAGUUAAUUUAGCAAGUCGAAUGGACAGCACAGGAGUUAGUGACAGAAUACAAGUGCCUGAAGAAACAUAUCUGAUUCUGAAGGACCGGGGAUUUGCCUUCGACUACCGAGGAGAGAUUUAUGUCAAAGGCAUCAGUGAACAGGAAGGAAAAAUCAAAACAUAUUUUCUUCUAGGAAGAGUUCAACCAAAUCCUUUAAUCUUACAACCAAGAAAACUGACUGGACAGUAUUCAUUAGCAGCUGUUGUACUAGGACUUGUACAGUCUCUUAACAGGCAAAAACAGAAGCAAAUCCUAAAUGAGAACAACAACUCUGGAAUCAUAAAGGGACAUUAUAACCGCAGGACUUUGCUCACUCCCGGUGGAUCUGAGGCAGCAGCCCAGGCUGAGGGGACUAGACAAAACUGAAUUGCCAUAAUCAACAUUUUGUUUGUGUUCUUUUUUUUUGUAUUUCUUUUAUAUAUAAAAUAAAUAUACAAAUAAAAAGGGUUUAAUUUUUUUUAGAAUAUAUGUGAUUAUUUUCUGGUGUUACAUUUCAUGAGAUUCCAGUUUCUCUAUUUUAAUGAAUGGUGUCAGCAACUCUCUCCACACCUGAAUGUCCAACCACAGGGGCUAUAACCAUUCUGCUGUGCCAGUUACUCACAAAGAGGGUCAAGAAUAAACUCCAUAAAAGGAGGAACAUAAAUUGUGUAGGCAGUAUAUCACAUGGAGUAGAAGUAAACUCAGAAGAAGAUUGGGUAGGCUCUCCUCACUUCUGGUUGUAUUCAAGGAGUGUGAUGCCCAUCUAAACUAGUUGUCUGGUCUCCAUAACAACCAGGGAAAAGCUAGUCAAUACAGCCAAUGGAUUUUAAUGUGUGCUAUCUGUCCAGAUGUGAAGAUGUGGGAGAUAAGAGAGAAUGUUUUUAGCUAAGCCCACAGAUUCCAUUGAGUAACUGGUUAUGAAAUGUUAAAAGAGCCUAGAGUGUAUUGCCUAAACAUAGGUGUCUGCAGAUAUCUUACAUGUCAUUCAUUACCCAUCUGAGCUCUAUUUACUGCCUGCUUCAGGAGGUCAAGGCUCUCCUCUAGGCACUAUCUGUCAGUUCCAUUUGGAGAGCUCAAAUGUACUAAGAUAUCUUCAGUGGCUCAAGGAACCUAUGAAUGAAUGACAGAACUCCACCUUGGAUACUUGUCUGGAGUCUACAACUGAGUCUCUUGUCCUGCUGAAGAAUUAACCAAGUUCUCUGGAGUCACUUUCCAGAGCUGAGCUCUUUACCACUUCUUCCAGUUACACUUUUGCCAGAAGAAGGGCUCUUUCAGGCUGUAAAAUGAGUAUGUGUAGAAGCACCACAGGAGACAAAGCUCACUGCUCAACUCCUAUUCAAGUACCUCAGGAGGAAGAGAGAGGUUACCCCAUAGCAGCAACUCUAGAGAGGUUAACCACGACUGAGGUUAUCCUAAAUGAUUUUUGUGACAGAACAGAGACAGUCCUUCUGCAAUGCAACACUGGCACACCUUCCUGCUACAAACCCUACAUCAAGGAUGAUGCCAUUUUAGGAUGGCCAAUCAAAUUUUCCCUGGAAAUAGUAAGUAUAUAACACAGGUUCCUAUAUCCAAUGCUGCAAUUCAUACUGUGCUGUAAAGUGCACAAAUGAACCUCUCAUCAAGUCUGUGUGCUCAGAGGAGCUGGGCUUGUCUCAGUAAAUAAUAUCUUUCAUAUAAUUCACAGAUGGAAGCAGCAGAACCUGCACUCACACAGCAAUCCCCAGACAAGACCCUCCACAAUCAAUACAACAUAUGUACGUGUGUGGAAACAGGCCAUGCUUUCCUACCGGCUGUUACUCAGUCCUUAAUGAAAACUGGGAUGUAUUGGGAGCAUUAUCAUAGGACUGGGCACAUUUUUAUAAAAAUGAGCAUGAUGUCUAGGAGAUCUUGAUUCUUACAUUUUAUGAGACACUAUUGUUUAAAAAUAAAAGACAUCAAAACACAAAGCUGUUUAAUUGUAGUAUGACAAAAAUAAUGCUCUUCAUUGUAAAACAAUCUGAUGAAUGGCUAUGUUGGACAAAAUUUAAUCAGCUGAAUACUGCUUUCAGAAAUAGAAAAUAAUAAAAAUGAUCAAAUGGAUUCCAGAGUAAAUUAUAUUACUGAAAGAUGGGUCUGUGCACAGAAAGAAAAAACAGCUUGAAAUGUUAUAUCAAGUGAUGAAGCUGCCAGUAACUGAGCUCUCAUUUCAGGUCAAUCACUGAUUUGAAAUCCCAGAAAUAUAAUCUCUUUCCACCACGUAGGAAUCCUGGAAGCAGAACCCCUCGCACCAUCUAGGACAGUG